UGCAUUGCCAACGUAUGCAAACAGGAACAUGGCUACCGGCGUUUAACAUCAGCAGUCUUCGAAAACGGUCCUCUCCGUGCCCGACGCAGUCUGUGAUUUACCAGCAUUUGCUGCCCCUCCGCGACAGGAGAAAGGUCGGAGUUUAUCAGCGGACUCUGGGAACAGCUCCUUGGUCAUUCAUCGUUCGCAGACAGUGUGAGUCAUCAUGGCCAGUCCAAGGACCAGAAGAGUUCUGAAGGAAGUGAGAACUCAAGAUGAGAAUAAUCUGUGUUUUGAGUGUGGUGCUUUUAACCCUCAGUGGGUUAGUGUGACAUAUGGCAUCUGGAUUUGUCUCGAGUGCUCUGGCAAGCACAGGGGCCUGGGAGUACAUCUGAGUUUUGUGCGCUCGGUCACCAUGGACAAGUGGAAAGAUAUUGAGCUGGAGAAAAUGAAAGCAGGAGGAAAUGGAAAGUUCCGCCUGUUUCUUGAACUCCAAGAAGAUUAUGACCCAAACUGGACUCUACAGGAGAAAUAUAACAGCAAGGCUGCUGCACUCUUUAGGGACAAGGUUGCAACAUUAGCAGAGGGGAAGGAGUGGUCCAUUGAGACAUCCCCUGCAAGAAAUUGGACGUCCCCUCAACCCAAGAGCAGCCUUUCAUCCUCUCAUCGCGCUGGAGGACCUGGACAGAACUCGGCUCAAUCCAGCGACAAAGCUUUUGAAGACUGGCUGAGUGAUGAUGUUAACUCUUAUCAGAGUGGAGGUGGUUAUAGUGGGAAUCAAGAGAAUCGGUAUGUUGGGUUUGGCAACACAGUGACCCCAGAGAAGAAAGAAGAUGAUUUCCUGAACAAUGCUAUGUCUUCUAUUUAUUCAGGUUGGAGCAGUUUUACUGUCGGAGCUAGCAAGUUUGCCUCUAUUGCCAAAGAUAAUACAACUAAAUUAGCAAACCAAGCAACCUUAAAGGCCACUGAGUUAGGACAGACAAUAAAUGAGAAUGUUAUCAAACCUACUCAAGAAAAGGUGAAAGAUGGCAAAUUGCUAGAUGAAGUGGCAGUCAGCUUCACUGGGCUGGCAAACAAGGUUCAGGGAGCUGGGUCAAAAUUGACUAAUCUGUUCUCUGGAAAACAAGAAGAUGGGUCUGCUGGUGAGAGCUACCAAAACAUGGAUGCCACCGAGGGAUAUCAGGGUAGUUCUAGCCAGCCUGUCUCAAGGGACUUCUGGGAGACCUUUGGCAGCAACAGUUCCUUAAAGGCAAAGAAAUCUCCCAGCAGUGACAGCUGGACCAUUGCAGAUAAUUCUGCCAAGAAGAGCUCUGACAGUUGGGACAAUUGGGGCUCUGAAGCAGCGUCCAAUAACAAACACAGCACGGAAGAGAGUUGGGAGGCCUGGGACAACAACUGGGAGAAUGCGGAUGGUAAGACAAAGAAGAGUCCUACGAAACCCGCUGAGGAAACCUGGGAUAACGCAGGCUGGUAGUGACCUCACAAACAUACAUCUCCUUACCUUUUUAUUUUUUUUCCCCCCUGCUCUGGCCUUUUCCCUUCUGACUGUCUCUGUUCAUCUCACUGGCACUUUCAGGGAAAGCUCCAUCAGCUUUGAUCCUGUUAAUGCAGUCAAAAUAUAUUUAUUAUCUAAGAAGCAAUGAAUGAAGCCCAGGGAUGAGUUGAGCUCAUUAUUAAAAGAAUAUUCAUAAAAAUACAGCUAUACGGACUAUCAGUCCUGUAUAUUAUUGUAAAUUGUGCUCACUGAAAGGAAUCAAGCUGAAUCAGAUCAUAAUGUACUGCCUGAAACUCCCCAAGUAUAAUACUCUUAAAGGGAAAUAAGCCAGUGUUCAUACUGGAUCAUGGGUUUUAAUGGGUUUAAUUUUCUGGGCAUGAAAGAGAAAAAUCUAAUGUUGUACGUUUGAAUCCUUGUAAAUACAGUAUGAUUGUCUAAACACUAAUCACAUUAUUUUCUGUAUUUAAUCAAAUUUGGACCCUAAAACUUUUGCACCUUCUUGGUUUUGUAAAAUAGAUCUAAAAGCCUUUUCCAUACAAUAAAGUUCAUUCCACACUGUA